AUGAUAGAGCUGGGAACAUAUACUAGUAAGUCUGCUCCUAAGCUUUAUGCACUUCAGGAGUUGGUCACGUGUGCCAACUUAACAAAUGGUGGAAAAUCGGAACUUCUGAAGUCGGGAAGCAGCAAAUCCACACUAAAGCACAUAUGGACAGAAAGUAGCAAAGACUUGUCUAUCAGUCGCCUGCUCUCACAGACUUUCCGUGGUAAAGAAAACGACACAGAUUUGGACCUGCGCUAUGACACCCCAGAACCUUAUUCCGAGCAAGACCUCUGGGACUGGCUGAGGAACUCCACAGACCUUCAGGAGCCUCGGCCCAGGGCCAAAAGACGGCCCAUUGUUAAGACCGGCAAGUUUAAGAAAAUGUUUGGAUGGGGUGAUUUUCAUUCCAACAUCAAAACAGUGAAGCUAAACCUGUUGAUAACUGGGAAAAUUGUAGAUCAUGGCAAUGGAACGUUUAGUGUUUAUUUCAGGCAUAAUUCCACUGGUCAAGGGAAUGUAUCUGUCAGCUUGGUGCCCCCAACAAAAAUCGUGGAAUUCGACUUGGCACAACAAACCGUGAUUGAUGCCAAAGAUUCUAAGUCCUUCAACUGUCGCAUUGAAUAUGAAAAGGUUGACAAGGCUACCAAGAACACACUCUGCAACUAUGACCCUUCAAAAACCUGUUACCAGGAGCAGACCCAAAGUCACGUGUCCUGGCUCUGCUCUAAACCCUUCAAGGUGAUCUGCAUUUACAUUUCCUUUUAUAGUACAGACUAUAAACUAGUACAGAAAGUGUGCCCCGACUACAACUACCACAGUGACACACCUUAUUUUCCCUCAGGAUGA